UUGACGGCCUGGUUCUGGCUGGUCCAAGAAUUUUCAGUGUGGAUGCUGCACGAUGGCUGUUUCUGUGAAAUUCUCCAAGUCAGGUUUACAUACCAUAAUUCUCCCCAGAUGAAUACGGAGUGAUGAACCAAAAAUUCACGAUGAGCGCAACCUAUGAGCUAAGCAUCAGAAACGACGGCCACCUCAUUGACAUCGCUCCAAGUCCAACCACUGGCACGAAUAACGCUCUCAAUCAGAGCGGCGGCGACAUCCGCACGGAAUGGCUGCGGGAGCUGACGUCGGCGUCACGGAGCGCCGCCGUCCUGAACGACCUCGUCGGCCGAACGCCGGUGCUGUGGUACCUCGGCGAGCGCGCGGCCACCAUCCUCCGGCCGCGCUCCCGGCGCGCCGACCUGAAGGCGCUACACGCGGUGGCCAUAGGCCCGUACCACCGCGGCGACCGUGGCCUCGCCUUCGACGACGAGGCCAAGCUGCCGUUCCUGCGGUACCUGCAGGACCGGUGCGGGCUCGACGUCGAGCAGUACGUCGCGGCGCUCGGGGCGGCGCGCGGCCGCUUCCGCGAGGAGUUCGCCGACGACGCGGACGCGGUCGCCGCGGAUUGGCUCCGGGACGAGGAGAAAUUCGUGAAGAUGCUUCUCCUGGACAGCAGCUUCCUCCUCGUCUUCAGCCUCAUGUUCGGCAAGACCGGCGGCUCGGAGGAACGGGCGGCGGCGUCCGUGGUCACCAGGGAGCGAUUCAUACUGUACACGGCCGUGGCGCAGUACGCCGACGAGGUCAAGCUCGACCUGCUCGUGCUGGAGAACCAGAUCCCCUUCGCCGUCGUCAAGCUGCUCGCCGCCUCGUGCCGCGGCUUGAAGCUCCGCUCCGUCGAGGAGCUGGUGGUCGGCUGCUUCGACGGCAUCUGGCCGACCAGGGCGCGCGACAAGGUCGAGUUGUUGCUCCGGCAGACGACGGACGCGAGAUUCUAUCACAUCCUACACCUCUUCCACUGGUCGCGCGUCCCGGAGAACAAGUACCGCCUCCUCUCGGUGCCGCUCAAGUUUCCCGAGGCCAAGGAAUCGGAGUCGGAGUGGAUCAUGCCUUGCGCCAGAGAGCUGCAUCGGGCGGCGGUGUGGUUCCGGAAGCCCUGUCUGGACGGGGCGGAGAGGCACGGCGGCGACCUCAACAUGGAGUUCCGGAGCGCGGCGGCGAGCCCGAUGGCGGUGAUGACCAUCCCCAGCUUCCACAUCCUCGCCUACACCGCGGCGCUGCUCCAUUCCAUGGUGGCCUUCGAGAAGCACUUCCACUGGGCGCACGGCGCCUGCGUGACGGUACACGUCAGGCGCAUGGAGGGCCUCAUACGGUGCCCGCAGGACGCGGCGCUGCUUCGCCGCCGGUGGAUCCUCGGCAGCGUCAAGUGCACCGACGAGGAGGUGGUGGAUUUCUUCCGUGACAUGGUCGCGGAGGCGGCCGGGGUGCGCAUGCCCGAAGAGUACGGCGGGAUGAUCAGCGCUGUGGCGCGGCACAGGAGGAGGCGGGCGCGCAGAUGGUGUGGGGACUUGAUACUGCACUUCCUCCCGUCGCCCUGGGUGUCCGUCUCGCUCGCCGCCGUGGUUGCGCUCAUCAUUGUGCCGGCCAUGUUGCAGACAAUCUACACCGUUUUGGGCUACAAAAAGUAGACGAUUUCGAGAACCAACACAAAUGAAGGAUGAUUGUUUGUUGUCCAAGUGUCCAUGGUAACUUGGUCAAUCUUGAAACUUGGCCCAGACACUGUGCCGUGGUAUAUGUGCGUGUGUGCUGUACUUGAUGUUUCUCAAACAAAAAAGGAGGGUUAGUGAUCUUCAAUGUAAAAGGAAAGUCUAUGUCUCGAAUUGCAUCACUGUUUGUAACUCAAUUGGACUGGUAUUUGUUUUCCAGCAGCAACAAAUAAGGCAUUUCAUGUUGUAA